UGGUGAGUCUGUGUGAGUGGGAUGGAUGUUUAGGAUUGGGACAUUAAAAAUAGAAUUGGGCUUCGGAGCUGCUUGCAACUGUUGAAAAAGGAACCAUGGGGCCCAGCUUAGCAGUGUUUAUGCUGGUGCUGCAUGCGGCAAGAGCUGAGUACCGGCAGCCACCUGGGGUCAACCCAGCACACUAUCAGGCUCAGGGGCAGGUGCCACAGCAACAGUUCCAGCAGCCACCACAACAGCAAUUCCAGCAGCCACCACAGCAGCAAUUCCAGCAGCCACCACAGCAGCAGUUCCAGCAGCCACCACCACAGCAGGGUGUUCCACAGCAGCAGUUCCAGCAGGUGCCCCAGCAGCAGGCAGUGCCACAGCAGCAGUUUCAGCAAGCUCCUCAGCAGGGGCAGCCUGUGCAGCAGGGCAUUCCGCAACAGCAGUUCCAAAGGACGCAGGGUGGGCACGGUGGCCAGCAGCAGGCCAUACUGAGAGACAAACAAAAGAUCCAGGCUGAAAAAGAACACAUCAAGGAGCAUCUGGGCGCGCCGAUCGACACCGCCGGCAUGUCCGAGGAGGAGCUGCAGUUCCACUACUUCAAGAUGCACGACGCCGAUGGCAACAACAAGCUGGACGGCCUGGAGCUGGUGGCUUCGCUUCAGCACUGGCACGACCAGGCUGGCCACGAGCCCGGCCAUCCCGUGCCCGAGGCCAAGACGUUCACCGACCAGGAGUUAUUCGAACUGAUCGACCCCAUCAUCGACCAGGACGACCGCAACCGCGACGGUUACAUCGACUACUCCGAGUUUAUGCUGGCCCAGCAGAACGCACCGCCGCCGCCGCAGGGCCAGGCGCAGGCGCAAGCGCAGCCGCAGCACCAGGCGUAGUCCCGCCCGCUGAUUGGGGACCAGCUUGGCCGGUCAGCGCACCAGGGGCGGGGCCCACAUUUUGCGGCGCUGUCGUCCGUCUGCCGCCCGGUCGGUUGCCAUGGUUACCGGUGAUCUGAUGGGACCGAAAGAAAAUCGGCGAUGUCGUUCACAUCGCGUUGUCAUUCCUGCGACAGGGGUGUCCGUUGAUAUGCUGAGAGCAUUUACAUUGACAGUUGACGUACAUGUGCACACAGCUGUGUCAGUGUGUGGAGGUCAGACAGGAGGUACAGGAGCAUACGCCUACUUGCGUAAUGUUUCCCUUAAAUGCCUCAUGGUAGGCGUUUUCUAUCAACCAUUGGGCCCAAGCGGGUUACAGAUAUUCUAAAGUGUGUUCAGAUCCAGAUCUUUUUAUCGUCAUGUUGCGCUGCUGUUGGUACCAUGAAUGGCUUACGUCUGCCAUGGAUAGGCAUCCAUGGAUCCUACAGGCAGUUAAAAGUCGGCAAAAAGUUGUGGGAAAGUUGUGGUUGGAAAAAAGUUGGAUAGGCAUCCAUGGAUCCUACAGGCAGUUAAAAGUCGGCAAAAAGUUGUGGGAAAGUUGUGGUUGGAAACAAGUUGGAAAGUUGUGUUGGCGCCUCAUGGUAUUUCCGUAGUCCAAAUCGCGUUCAUGUUCUAUGUUUCCUUUUACACGAGAGCACCGUGCUGUGAUGGUACUGCGUCCUGCAAUGCUCUUUUUGAAAGUAAUGUUGAAUGAGCAGUGAUCCUUGAGCUCAAAGUCUCCACUAGGUGCGAAUGCGCAGAACAUUGCGGAUGUACAAAAGCGACGCACUAAUCUGCAGGAGACGAUCGCUUCCGCUGUAGCCAUGUGUACCUGACGGGGAUGAUCGUGGAAGGUUUGGGUUGCAUUUCCAAUAUGUAUGGCGGCCUGGGCCAUUCUCCCUUUCUUCCCCCAGGGGUUGUUCGGGUUUCCAACGGUCGAACUGUUUCAGGGUACAUACGGCCAACUUGUCUUGAAAUUUUUGAUGAGAUUAGUCAGAUGUUGCAAACUUAACAACAUCGUGACCUUUAAUAGCCUUAUUUGGGAGAUGUAUCCAGAGUCGAUAUCAACGUGCUACAUGUGUUGGAGACUAUUGGAACUGCCCUCUAGUGCAAGGUGACCGAGUUGGGGUGCACCAUGAAAUGUCAGUUAUGGACGUGGUGAAAGGAUGAAGGCGCGCGCGUGAUGGAUCGUGCGAUAUUUCCAGUGGUCCCGCAAGCGCUUCUUAAAGCUGUUAUAUGAGGUGUCCCCGUCGCGAGAUUUUUGGGAGGGCCUUUUGCGCAGCUCGCUGCCAGGGUGAAUGCCAUUGUUUUGUUAAGAUAUUUGUAAAAGUAUGGGUGCUUCCAUGAUGUGUUGGCGACUGCUGUCCUGCAAAUGUCUUCUUACGUGAAGACUCGUGAUGGCUCGUGUGCUCGCGGUCAUGAAGUCUCGCCAAUACAUGGUCAUUUUUGGA